CACUACUCCCAAAGCGUCGUCGUCUCUUAUCUUAUCUCUUCCUCCCCUCCUCUGUCUCUCUCUCUCUCUCUUUUAUCCAUUCCCUCGAUCUGUCGGCUGCUGCUCUCCAUAUUAUCCCGUCCUCUUUCACCUUAUCCACUUCUCUUUCUUUUCGGGUCGGGUCCCCCCUAUUUAUCAUCUGACAGAAUCUUUCAAUUCUUGUUUAUCUAUAUUUGGAAAGUCACCGGAUAAAGCUGACGCCUUUGCUCUCGCUUCAAGCUCGGGUGUUGGAUCGUUAAGUUUUCUUCUACCUGAUCCGAGUGAUUUUCGAGGGAGGAAGAAUGAACUCACUACAGGGGCCUGUUGCUUGUCCCGUGGUUCGCACUAAGCUCACAGAUCGAAACCCCAUUCCCGUAAAUUCACACAUUGCAAAGGCUACUGCAAUUCUUAGAAACAGAUUCUUGGGGACUGAUUAUGGGACAUACAGUAGGCAGAGUUGGAGACCACGGCCACGGAUGAGGAAGCUGAUUUCUUGCACUUUCAGCUCCUCCUCAAAUGGCAAUGGCAGCAGGGCGGAGAACUUCAACGAGAACGAUGCUGAUUAUGUGAAUUCUAGCGUGCUUGAAGCUGUUGAAGUAAGGAGUGGCGCAGAAGGUUUCAUGGUGAAGAUGAGAGACGGUAGACAUCUGAGGUGUGUCCAUAACAGCCCUCAGGGUGGUCAUGUAGUUGAUUAUGCUCCACAUCCAGCAAUAGUGUUGAAAAUGGAAGAUGGCACCGGCCUUCUUCUCCCCAUCAUUGUCGUGGAGAUGCCGAGUGUGUUGCUCAUGGCAGCUCUCCGCAAUGUCCAAAUUGCUAGACCAACAAUCUACCAAGUGGUGAAGGAAAUGAUUGAGAAGAUGGGCUAUGAAGUGAAACUUGCUCGUGUUACGAAGAGAGUAAACGAUGCAUAUUUUGCUCAAUUGUAUCUCACCAAGCAAUAUGGUCAUGAAAAUGAGAGCAUCAGCUUUGACCUCCGACCUUCUGAUGCCAUCAACAUCGCCGUGAAAUGCAAGGUGCCAAUACAAGUGAACAAGUACUUAGCAUACAGUGAUGGCAUUAAGGUGGUGGAGUCUGCCAAGCCAUUCACGCCGGCUUCUUCACAUUCGUCACUCUUGUCCGAGCUGGAUAGAGGUAGCGAGGAGGCAGGGAUUGAGACGAAAGAGUUCAUUCUUUUGAGGAACAUGCUCAUUGCUGCAGUAGAGGAACGCUAUAAAGAUGCAGCUCAAUGGAGGGACAAGCUGACUCAACUCCGCUCCAAGAGGAAUUGGACAUAAUAGUUAUUGUAUAGCUACUAUAUAUAAGAAGAAGAAGAAGAAGAAGAAAGAAAAGAAGAAAGAAGAUAGCAUAUCGAUCUCAAGUGUGUAACAUGUGUAUAUAUAACCGCCGGCCUGUGAAUUUGUGUGUGUGUCUGUAUGUAUAUAGGUGGUGACUGUAAUUAAUUUUAAGAUAAAAAAAAGGGGGACGUGGAUAAAAACAUAUAUGGUCAUCGUACUUGUGAUUUCAUCUCGAACAUGCAUGAUCACUACUAUAUUGUUCUCUAUGAAUAAUGAACAUUAUUAAGCCGCCGGGUGCUCACCUUGUUGUUUUGUAUGG